AUUCCGUGACCCGGAAGAGGCGGGGCUAUUGUACCUAUUUCCUACCGAACUCGUCUCAUUGAGGAAGGACACAGUAGCCGGUGGAGGUUUACAAAAGCGUCAUCAUGUCACAGAGUCUUCUAGCCAAACCUCAGAUGAGGGGCCUUCUGGGCAAGAGGUUGCGGGUCCACAUCGUUGGAGCCUUCGUCUUUUCAUUGAGCGUUGUCGCCCUGUACAAGUAUGGUGUGGCUGAGCCAAGGAAGAGGGCGUAUGCCAACUACUAUAAGAACUAUGAUGUAGUGAAGGAAUUUGAAGCCAUGAGGGAGGCUGGAGUGUUUCAGGGUGCGAGACCAAAGGGAGAAUGAGACCCCCUUUCAGGAAGAUUCUGAAUUCCUCCAUGUGUACGCGAUGCUGGACAUACCUGAUGUGUAUCUCAAUAUCCAGGGCAGGUGAACACCACUGGACGUAUUUCUACUGUUCUGUAAAUGUGUUAAAUAAAACA